CUGUGACGGAGCUCCGGUUUAUGGAGUGACGUCAUCUCUAGCUUUGAAAUGGCGUGAACGCGUUACAGUUUGGUGUUAUUUGUACACAUUGAGCUACUUUAGGUCGCUUUAGAUUCAUGUUUUAGGCUCCAUUGUCAGUUUCUGAAGUUGGUCUUUAUAUCUGACCGUAAUAUGUAUGUUCAUCUAAAAGCUGGUAAAGCAUAUUGUUAAUAGUUGAUGAUGCGCACAGAGGCCGCGGAUGCCCCGGGUUUGCGUGGGGAUUGUACCGGAUUUGCACGCAUGGCCCUGCCGCGGCAGUGUUACGGUUUCUGGGUGAAUGCUGUUGAACAUGUGUUUUACAAGAGUUAAACAGUGAAGUGCCAGAGAUUUUUCUUUUAUUUUUAUUUUUUUUAAGUACUUCAGUUUGAGCUGUCUGUUGUUCAGACUUGGACUCAUUUAAGUGGAUUAUAAGUACACUCAGUUUGUUUCCAUACACUCAUAAUGGCAUCAGUGCCGGUGUACUGCUUGUGUCGUCUGCCAUAUGAUGUGACACGCUUCAUGAUCGAGUGUGACAUAUGUCAAGACUGGUUUCAUGGAAGCUGUGUUGGGGUAGAAGAAGAAAAAGCAGCUGGCAUUGACCUGUAUCAUUGCCCCAAUUGUCAAGUCACCCAUGGUCCCUCUGUCAUGCGUAAGCGCCGUGGAAGCAAUAAGCAGACAGAUGGAGGUGGUGCAGCUGCAGGAAGAGAUCCUACUCGGCCUGUUAAAACAGGCAGUACACAAUUUGUUCGGGAGCUAAGGAGCCGCACCUUUCCCAAUGCGGAUGAAGUCCUGCUGAAACCAUCAGGUGCCCAGCUGACUGUUGAGUUUCUUGAAGAACAUUCAUUCAGUGUACCUGUGAUGGUGCUGAGGCGGGAUGGCUUGGGCAUGACCUUGCCCCCAUCAUCAUUCAGCGUCAGUGAUGUGGAACACUAUAUCGGUACAGACAAAGAGAUUGAUGUGAUUGAUGUAUCACGGCAGUGUGACCUGAAGAUGCGGUUGGGUGAUUUUGUGGAAUACUACAACAGUCCCAACAGAGAAAGAGUCCUCAAUGUUAUUAGUCUGGAAUUCUCUGAGACCAGACUGUCAAAUUUAGUGGAAACACCAAAGAUUGUGAGAAAACUGUCGUGGGUGGAAAACCUCUGGCCGGAAGAGUCUGUAUUUGAAAGACCAAAUGUGCAGAAGUACUGCCUUAUGGGAGUGAAGGACAGCUACACUGACUUCCACAUCGACUUUGGAGGCACCUCAGUAUGGUAUCACGUCCUGAGGGGUGAGAAGAUUUUCUACUUAAUAUCCCCUACACCAGCCAAUCUGACACUUUUUGAGCGGUGGAGUUCCUCGUCGAAUCAGAAUGAGAUGUUCUUCGGAGACCAGGUUGAUAUGUGCUAUAAGUGCUCUGUUAAACAAGGGAACACUCUCUUCAUACCAACAGGAUGGAUUCAUGCUGUGCUGACACCAGUUGACUGCCUGGCUUUCGGAGGGAAUUUUCUGCAUAGCCUCAAUAUCGACAUGCAAUUACGGGCAUAUGAAAUAGAGAAGCGGUUGAGCACAGCAGACUUGUUUAAAUUUCCCAACUUUGAGACUGUGUGUUGGUAUGUUGGAAAACACCUUCUUGAUACCUUUAGAGGUCUCAGAGAAAACCGGAGACACCCUGCCACUUACCUGGUUCAUGGAGCGAAGGCGCUGAACAAUGCUUUCCGCAGCUGGACCCGCAAAGAGGCUUUAGCAGAGCAUGAAGUGGAGAUUCCAGAAACCAUCAAUACUCAGGCACUAGUGAAAGACCUGGCCAAGGAGAUCCGUCUGGUUGAAGAUAUUUUUCAACAGAACAUGGGGCGUAGUGGACCUCAGUUUCCUGGUUUGCCUCUCCCCAAAGCUUCCCUUACCACCUCUCAGAAUUCAGGCCGUCCUCCUGGUAAAAAAGGUCCUAAACCCAAGGAGGUAAUGGGUGCUCUUGGGUCUUCAUGUCCAAAGAAGAGUCAAAAGACACUCCUGACUGCAGAAGCAGAUGAACUUGACCUCCUUGAAAUACAUACCAAACAUACCCUCAAGAAAAUACAACCAGGCAAAUCCAAAAACAAGUUAGAGUUGCCAUUAGAAGAGUUUGAAGGGAAGCUAAAUAAGAGCAAACUGAAACUUGUCCUGACCAAUGGAAAAAUCCAAGGCAAGAAGGAAGGUCAUAUGGGAAGCAGUAAUGGAGCUGGAAGUGGUGAAAACUAUAAACAUGUGGCCACAGAAGGAUCUAGCCUCUCUGAAUUGGAGUCUGAAGAUGAACUGCUGAUUGAUGAGACUCCUCCUCCACGACGCAAGCCUGCAGGCUCUAGUAAGAAGAAGAAACUAAGUGGGCUUCCAAGGAAAUUGCCUCGAGCCAAGCCCUGCUCUGACCCCAAUCGUGUCAGGGAGCCAGGAGAAGUAGAUUUUGAUAUUGAGGAGGAUUACACCACAGAUGAAGAAGCCCUGGCUGCCCAUGGAGUGAAGGGUGGAGUAGGAGGCAUUUUGGACUUAUUGAAGGCCAGCAAGCAAGUGGCAGGCUUGGACUCUGGAACACUCAGUGAAGAAGCUCCAGCCUCUCCAAGUACUCGUGAUGCCAUCCAGGGUAUGCUCUCAAUGGCAAACCCCCCCUCGUCAUCCUCAUCUUCCGCGUCUUCAUCUCCUUUAUCUAUGUCCGGAGGCUUGACAGAGGGACUGGGGAUGGUCAAGGAGAAGGGUGGCCGGGCUGUGUGGGUGACUGGAGGAGUCAAAAAGACAGGAAGUCCUGAGAAGAAAGUCAUCAUUCACCGUCCUGGAAAACGACCGAUUAAAAGGCCAGCCCGUCAUUUUAGUGAUGAGGAGAGUCCCGAUGAACAAGAGACUCUUGGGACCUGUUUUAAAGACUCAGACUAUGUUUAUCCAUCUUUGGAAUCUGACGAAGAGGACCAUGCAAACAAGGCUAAAAUGAAGCGAAAGAAAAACUGGGAUGAUACACCAUGGAGCCCCAAAGCCAGGGUGAUGCCCACCCUUCCAAAACAGGAUCGACCAGCAAGAGAAGGAGCUAGAGUAGCAUCUGUUGAAACUGGUCUUGCAGCAGCUGCUGCCAAGUUGGCUCAACAAGAGCAGCAGAAGCCUGCUAAAAGGAAGUAUACCAAAAAGCCACGUCCUCCUGCUCCUGUAGUGAAUACUCCUCUUCAGAUUGAGCCAGCUCCACCAUCCCCUCCACCUGCUCCAGAGUCUGCAGCAGAUUUCAGUCCAGAGAGGAGGAUGGAUUUCUACUCUGCCAGCCUGUUGGACCAUGAAUACACAGCAGGACCAGGACCCUUUGGCCCUGGAGGCCCUAGAGGCGGUGGCGCCAUGGCACCUGGUGUAUUCCUGUCUUCACGCCGACCUUCUCUCUCUCCCCAAAACAGCAGCUCUCACUCUGGAGUGUCUGCUGCAGGCUUAGCCAGCCAAGGAAUCACAGGGGUUGGUCAAGGGAGACGUCCAAAGAAAGGACUUGCAACUGCAAAGCAGAGACUUGGAAAAAUUUUGAAGAUUCACCGCAACGGCAAACUGCUCUUGUGAGAAAUAUCAGACAGUGACUGAAGAUUUUUAAGUUGGAAUGAAGAAUGCUUUUGUUGUUGUAAAGUCAAAGGAGACAGAUAUAGUAAUCUAUAUUUUGUACUUUAGAUAGUUUGUUUUUCACCUAUUACAUGUCAUUGCACCUACUAAUACACCAGUUACCCUGCCUCGCUAAUUACAUUCUAUUUUAGUUCUAUCUGUUUUAGUUCUCCUCUUAAUAUUUUCAUUCAUGUAUGUUCACAUUUGAGAUUACCUUGAGCAAUUAUCUCCUUAAAUAUUUAAUGUGGCAAAUAAAUUAAAAUUGCAAAGCACUUGCAACAAGGCCUGUUGUAAAACAUUAGAACAGUUGACCAAUUAAACUAGUUAGGUCAACUAGUGUAAAAAAAAAACAACAAAAAAAACAAAAACUGAUAAACAGCUACUGCUUUAUUAUUAUUAAAUGACAUUUGGACUGAGCAUCAGCAAUAUGAAAUGUAUACAAAACAUUUAACACUUAAAUUGUGGAAAUUGAAAGCGCAUAAAUCCACAACACUCUUGUAAAGUUGUUUUAAUUGUAUUAUCCUUAAAAUGAACAAAUAAUAAUUGGAGGGUUUAUAUACUGCAUUUGUAUAUACAAGCGAUACAGUUUGCCACUGUGAGGAACUUUUUUCAUUUUGUAAUUCAUUUUCCGUAACACAAUAUAGAAAGUGCUACAAUGACACCAGACGUCAUGAGGUUAUUCUAAUAUUUAUUAUUUUAGGAUAUUGUCAUUGUUUUACACAAUGUAGUUUUAGAAACUCCUUUGCAAAUUGUGCUUUCAUUGCCCCUUUUUUUAUUAAUGAAAAAUAUCUUUUGUUAGAUUUUUCUACUGCUUCAGUUGUCAUUAUAAAUAAUUGUAACUUUUGUAAAUUAAAUAUUUCCAUUUGCAAAGCAGUAAAAUAGUAUGGCGAGACGAGUUUUCUGCAGGUUUCAGUUAAAAAAAAUUUUUUUUUUUGGUCCUAAUUCUUGGCAGCUUUCUUGGAUCAGAUCUGACGUUUUACUUUAGUGGGAUGUUAUAGUUAAAGUGGGCAGAAAUGUAAGCUUAAAUAUGUGGAAAUAUUUUCAUGAGGGGCAGGAUAUGUAUUGACAUGUAAAUAUAUGUUGUAAUUUAAUUUCUUUUAUAGUUCUCGACUUUGAAAUUUUCUUAACUGUACAUGAUACAUUGAUGGAUAUGAAAAACAUCUAGUUUUUUCUAAUGUUUGUACUCUGUAAUUGUCAUGUUUCAUUUGUCAUGUCUUGUCACUGUAACGAUGUAAGUGUAUUAGAAAAAAAAAAACGCCCUUGUAUAUCGUCAUACUUUUUAGUGAUAAAUUAUUGUUGACAUUCAAUCUUGUUUGUAUACUGUAUGUUUUAAAUGUUUAAAUAUGACAUGGAAUAGAUAAAAUAUACCUUUGGCAAAAUCAUUUUUCCACUGAAUGUAUUUAAGUCACAAAAAAUAAUUUUGUUUGCUGUCCUUCAGUAUAUAUAAUUCAGUUUCUGUUCAAUCACGAAGGUGAUUUUUGGCAUUUCUCUCUUGUGACCUUAACAAAGAUUGUGUUAAAACACAUCCAGCUGCAGCAUUGUUUGGUGCUUUGAAACAGGUUCAGAUUUUACUAUUUCACUGUAGAUGUCAAUUUUGAAUGAAUGAGAUUUCUCAGUCCCCCCACCCUGUACAAUUUAAUGUACUACUUUAUCUGAACACAAUUUCCUUGGGUCAGUUUUAAUGGAGGCUUCAUUUUCAAAUUGAGGUGACAAGCAUUGUUACUGAAAUGUCCAGUCUUUGUCCAUUGUCUAUUAAUUUGAACACUUUCAUAUUAAACUGAAUUAAAAUAUAUUUUCCUA